AAAGGCUGCCUCCCGGAGUCGGGGGCGGCCUGGCAGCUAGCUAAAGCUGUUUCUUUUCCUCUGUAUCCUGGGACUUGGAGAAGAACUGGAAGGCUGGGCGCCAUCGAGCUCUUCGGAGACGGCAAUGGUUCCCUCCAGCCACCGCCACCUGACGACCCUCCAUGGCGGCUGCGCCUUCCGCGCUGUCCCUUCUGUCGCCCCCUCCAGCCCUUUGUACCUAUCGCCUCCGGAGUCGCAGUCGUCCCUCAGCCCCAGAGACUGAUGAUAAUCGAGUUGGGAGCACCAUGAGAGGAGAGAAAAACUACUACUGCUGUGGAGCUGCCGAGGACCACGGUUCCUGCCCCCCUACACCUUCGCCUCUCUCAUCGACCCUCUUGAUGCCGGCGGAGGCAGUCUCAAGUAGCUGGGCUGGUUCUGGAGGCGGUUUGUCAGGGGGAGAUGAAGAGGAGACUCGACUCCUUCAACUCUUUCGCACCGCGCCGGAUCCUUCCGAGGCCUUCCAGGCUUUGCAGGCUGCUUUGCCGCGGCGGGGCGGUAGACUUGGUUUACCCCGACGCAAAGAAGCAUUGUAUCGGGCCCUGGGCAGAGUGCUUGUGGAGGGAGGUAGUGAUGAGAAGCGACUCUGCUUGCAACUUCUCUCGGACGUUCUUCGGGGUCAGGGAGAGGCCGGCCAGCUGGAAGAGGCCUUUAAUUUAGCACUUCUGCCUCAACUAGUUGUCUCCUUACGAGAAGAGAAUCCAGCUCUGAGGAAAGAUGCGCUGCAGAUCCUGCACGUAUGUCUGAAACGUAGUUCUGGACCGGUGCUGAGAACGCUUAUACAACAGGGACUGGAAAGUACCGAUGCCCGGCUUAGAGCUUCCACAGCAUUAUUGCUCCCUAUCUUGCUUACUCCUGAGGAUUUGUUGCUCGGCCUGGAUCUCACCGAGGUGAUAAUAUCCCUAGCCCGAAAGCUUGGAGAUCAGGAUAUAGAAGAAGAAUCUGAGACAGCUUUCUCUGCACUUCAACAAAUUGGGGAGCGACUUGGCCAAGAGAGGUUUCAAUCCUAUAUUUCUCGCCUACCUUCUGCCCUGAGGAGACACUACAAUCGCCUCCUGGAGUCCCAGUUAGGAAGUCAGGUUCCUUAUUAUUUGGAACUUGAAACCUCUGGAUUUCUUCAAGAUCCCCUUCCCUGUGCGGGGACUCUUUCCAACAGUAAUCUGAAAUUUGGGAUUAUUCCUCAGGAGUUGCAUUCGAGAUUGCUGGAUCAGGAAGACUAUAAGAACCGGACUCAGGCUGUUGAAGAACUAAAGCAGGUGCUGGGAAAAUUUAAUCCUAGUUCUACCCCUCAUUCUAGUCUUGUUGGUUUCAUUAGCUUGCUGUAUAAUUUGUUAGACGAUUCUAACUUCAAAGUGGUCCAUGGCACACUUCAGGUCCUGCAUUUACUGGUUGUUCGCCUUGGAGAGCAGGUACAACAGUUUUUGGGACCAGUUAUAGCAGCUUCUGUCAAAGUGUUGGCAGACAAUAAGUUGGUGAUCAAACAAGAAUACAUGAAAAUCUUCCUGAAGCUAAUGAAAGAAGUAGGUCCUCAACAGGUGCUUUGUUUGCUCCUGGAACAUCUCAAACAUAAGCAUUCCAGAGUUAGAGAGGAGGUAGUGAACAUUUGCAUCUGCUCCCUUCUGACCUAUCCCAGUGAGGAUUUUGACUUACCCAAACUGUCUUUUGAUCUUGCCCCAGCUCUUGUAGAUAGCAAACGCAGGGUACGCCAAGCAGCUCUAGAAGCCUUUGCUGUGUUGGCAUCAUCAAUGGGCUCGGGUAAAACCAGCAUCCUUUUUAAAGCUGUGGAUACUGUGGAACUGCAAGAUAAUGGAGAUGGAGUGAUGAAUGCUGUACAGGCCAGAUUGGCUAGGAAAACCCUACCAAGGCUAACAGAACAGGGAUUUGUGGAAUAUGCUAUUCUCGUGCCGUCUUCUGCCCAGGGCAGGUCAAGCCAUUUGGCACAUGGAGCAGAUACAGACUGGCUUUUGGCUGGUAACAGAACUCAGAGUGCACACUGUCACUGUGGUGACCACAGGAGGGAUAGCAUGCAAAUUUAUGGGUCUUAUAGUCCAACUAUCUGUACUCGACGGGUAUUAAGUGCAGGAAAAGGAAAAAAUAAAUUACCAUGGGAAAAUGAGCAUCCUGGAAUCAUGGGAGAAAACCAGACCGCCAAUACCAAGGAUAUAGAGCAGUUUUCAGCAUAUGAUUUUAUCCCAUCACCAAAAUUAAAGCCUUCUCAAGGAAUGCCAGUCAAUGAUGAUUUAUGUUUUAGCAGAAAAAGAGUGUCAAGAAACUUAUUUCAAAAUAGUCGGGAUUUUAACCCAGAUUCUCUUCCUGUAUGUGCUGCUGGUACUUCUGGGACUCAUCAGACAAAUCUUUCUGGGAAAUGUGGACAACUUGGAUUUUCACAGAUAUAUGGUAAAACUGGCAGCGUGGAUUCUGACUUAGAAUUCCUGGGGACAACUAACAGUAAUCAAGAUAAAGUGUAUGCUAGCCUAAAUUUUGGCAGUAAGACACAGCAAACAUUUGGUAGUCAAACAGAGCGUACUUCGACAUACUGUGGUUCAAAUCCAAGUCCAGGAAGCUUCAUCCUUCCAUCCUAUCCCCUCUCAUCACCUCGAACUAGUCCAAAGCACACAUCUCCUCUUACUAUAUCUCCAAAGAAGUCUCAAGAUAAUUCCAUGAACUUCUCAAAUUCCUGGCCUCUUAAAAGCUUCAAAGGACUAUCAAAGCCAAGCCCACAGAAAAAGCUUUUCAGCCAAAAAUCAUCUGACCCGACAGGAGAAAAUUCUCAAGAAAAACCUUCUGCAGUUCAGCUUACACCUGCCUUGGUGAGAUCACCGUCUUCCCGACGAGGCCUAAAUGGGACAAAGCCUGUCCCUCCCAUACCAAGGGGAAUAAGCCUUUUGCCUGAUAAAGCUGAUUUAAGCACAGUGGGACACAAAAAGAAAGAGCCUGAUGAGAUUUGGAAGAGUGAAAAAGAUGGUCUUACAAUUGAUCUUUCAGAGUUAAAUUUCAGGGAUAAAGAUUUGGAUCAAGAAGAGAUGCAGAGCUCUCUUAGGUCCCUCCGUAAUAGUGCAGCUAAGAAAAGAGCAAAACUGAAUGGAAGUACUUCUGAUCUUGAAAGCCCUGAUUCUGCAAUGAAGCUUGACUUGACUUUGGACUCCCCAUCUCGAUCUUCUUCUCCAAACAUCAGCUCCUACAGUGAAAGUGGAGUUUAUAGCCAAGAAUCAUUGACUUCUUCUCUGUCUACAACUCCCCAGGGGAAGAGAAUAAUGUCAGACAUAUUGCCAACAUUUGGAUCAAAACCUUGUCCAACGAGACUUUCUUCUGCAAAGAAUAAAAACUCUCAUACUGCUGAACAAAUACCCAGCGCAGGGAUUACAACAUCCAGUGUAAGCAUAAUUGGUCAACGUAUAAACUAUGGGUUUGGAUGUGGUGAUUUUGAAGAUGAUAGGUCAUGUGGCACUUCACCUAGUGCUUUAAAAAUACAAAAUAAGGAACACCAAAGACAUUAUAAACAUACAAAAGUAUUUACAGGGUCAUCAUCAAAUUCACACCAAACUUCCAGUUUUGACUUCACAUCCACAAAUACCUUAUCAGAAGACUCAGUAGUAGUUGUUGGAAAAGGUGUAUUUGGAGGUCCAAAUUCAGCACCAGCAACCUGCAUCCAAUCAGUAGUGCCUUCUGUGGAAAAUGGGGAUUCAUUUUCAAUUAAACAAAAUAUUGAACCACCAUCAGGGAUUUAUGGAAGAGCAGUCCAGCAAAGUAUUCCAUCAUAUCUUGAUGUUGAGAAUGGAAAAGAUAGUAAAGUUUCUAUUUCAAAAUCUACUUAUGACAAGAUGAGACAAAAGAGAAAAGAAGAAAAAGAGCUUUUUAACAUUAAAGAUUGUGAAAGGAAGGAACAGAAUUCCUGGGAAAGAAUGAAACAUACAGGAACUGAGAAAUUGGCAUCUGAAAGUGAUGCAUCUCCUGGAGCCAUUUUACAGUAUAAAGAAAGGAUGCCUUCUGUCACUCAUAGUCCAGAAAUAAUGGCUUUAUCAGAACUACGGCCAUUUUCCAAACCAGAAAUGGCACUAACAGAAGCCCUGAGGCUUUUAGCUGAUGAAGAUUGGGAGAAGAAAAUUGAGGGACUGAAUUUUAUUAGAUGCUUAGCUGCUUUUCAUUCAGAGAUAUUGAACACAAAGUUGCAUGAAACAAAUUUUGCAGUAGUUCAAGAGGUGAAAAAUUUACGCUCUGGAGUUUCUCGUGCUGCUGUGGUCUGUUUAAGUGAUCUUUUCACUUAUUUGAAAAAGAGCAUGGAUCAAGAAUUAGAUACUACGGUAAAAGUUUUGUUGCACAAGGCUGGAGAAUCCAAUACAUUUAUAAGAGAAGAUGUUGACAAAGCAUUGAGAGCUAUGGUUAAUAAUGUAACUCCUGCACGUGCAGUCAUUUCUCUUAUCAAUGGAGGACAAAGCCAUUUACACAUUGCAGUAAGAAGAUGUACAGCCCAGCACUUAUCUGAUGUAGUAGAAUUUAUGGAACCAGAACGUAUUUUAUCUGGAACAAAGGAUAUGGCCGAACGUAUAUUACCAGCUGCUGCUAAGUUUGCUCAAGACAGCUCACAAGAAACCAGGUAUUAUGGUCGAAAGAUGCUUUUCCUCAUGAUGUGUCAUCCUAACUUUGAAAAAAUGCUUGAAAAGUAUGUCCCAUCUAAAGAUUUGCCAUAUAUUAAGGAAUCUGUUAAAAAUUUACGCCAAAAGGGCUUGGGAGAAAUACCACUAGAGACUCCUUCAGCAAAAGGAAGACGAUCUCAUACUGGCAGUGUUGGAAAUACAAGAUCAUCCUCUGUUUCUAGAGAUGCUUUCAAUUCAGCUGAAAGAGAGGUAACUGAAAUUCGUGAAGUCAACAGAAAAUCAAUUCCUCGUAAUUCCUUAGAAAGUGCCGAGUACGUAAAAGUCAUAACAGGUUUAUUAAAUGCAAAAGACUUUCGUGAUCGCAUAAAUGGGAUUAAGCAGCUUUUAUCAGAUACUGAAAAUAAUCAAGAGCUUGUUGUUGGAAACAUUGUGAAGAUCUUUGAUGCUUUUAAAUCUCGACUUCAUGAUUCCAAUAGUAAGGUAAAUCUGGUGGCUCUAGAAACAAUGCACAAAAUGAUUCCUUUACUGAGAGAUAACUUAUCUCCUAUAAUCAACAUGCUAAUUCCAGCAAUAGUGGAUAACAAUCUGAAUUCCAAGAAUCCAGGCAUCUAUGCUGCUGCUACAAAUGUUGUUCAGGCACUGAGUCAGCAUGUAGACAAUUAUUUACUACUACAGCCAUUUUGCACAAAAGCUCAAUUUUUAAAUGGAAAAGCAAAACAGGAUAUGACGGAAAAGCUUGCUGAUAUUGUUAUGGAACUUUAUCAAAGGAAACCCCAUGCCACAGAACAGAAAGUGUUGGUCGUUUUAUGGCACCUCUUAGGGAACAUGACAAAUAGUGGGUCUCUGCCUGGAGCUGGAGGAAAUAUACGAACAGCCACAGCUAAAUUAUCAAAAGCACUUUUUGCACAGAUGGGUCAGAAUCUGUUAAAUCAGGCUGCAUCUCAACCACCACAUAUCAAAAAGAGUUUAGAGGAAUUGCUCGAUAUGACAAUUUUAAAUGAAUUAUGAGUCUUUGAUAAAAUAUGAUAUGAUGAACAAAACCGUUUACAUGAUGACAAAUCAAACUUUUUUAAAGUUACAUUUUCAGUGCCUGCACUUCACAUCCAGUAAAUUGAAGCAAUGGCUAUUUUUAUUUGCAGUCUAUGAGUGCACAUCUGUCCUAUAGAAACCCUACCACUUGUACCCAUUACACAAAAACCUAAAAUAAUUAAUAUAACCUAAUAUUUAUGAAAUCUGAGGCACGUGGAAUGAAUCUGAUUUUAAUAUUUUUGAGAUAAGU